UGGAGGGGAGGGAAGCAAUGCUGUGUUAGUUAUUGCAGUAACCAGCAAUGGCGGGGCUGCUAGCUUGGGCAGCAGAUGUGGUCGGAAAGAGCGGACACAACAACGAAGACGACGACGAUCCAAAUUCCAUCCCCUUGAUCCUCACUGCCGAACAGCAGGCCUACGUCCAAGAGCUGAAUCGCAAAGCCGCAUCUCUUAGCCGCGCGAUCCAGGAUUUACGCCUCAGACUUCCACCUCCGGACAUCUCCGAACGCCUUCCCCACCUCCAUGCCCACUCUCUCGCAUCCAACGCCGCCCUUGCUCUCCAACUCAAUGCCCACUCCACCACCAAAGAACAGGCACAACUUAGAGGAGUUACACUGCAAGAAGAAAAUGCUGAAUAUGAGAAGGCUAUUUCAAAUUGCAAAAGCAAAAUUGGAGAGAAGUUGCAGGAAGCAGACACACUUCAAAUUAAGUUAAAGGAAAUGGAUUUGGCAGAAGAAAACCUGAGAUCAGAGUUAGAAAGUGUGCAAACUGAAGUGUCCAGCCAGUCCAUAAAAUCAAAUGAAGCCGUUAUUAACUCUAAUGUUAUGGCAGGAGAUGGUACAGAGUUUUCAAAAUCCAUGGCAGUGGAGAAAUUAGAGAACAAGAAAAAGGAACUGGCAUCAGUGGAAAAACUCGUUCAAGACCUCGAGAGAGAGUGGGAACAAGUUCAGGAUUAUGCGAUAAAACAACCGUCUGCAGUCCUCUAGUUCCUUGAUGCUGUGUUAUAGUUUAAUGCUAUGGAUUCUUUCAGCUCAGCGUGAGAAAAUACUGAACAAACAGCUUCAUAGCCUGAUUGAACAGCUUGCUGCUAAACAGGCACAAGCAGAAGACUUAGUCAAUGAGAUUCAUACACAAGAAAUGAAGCUAGAAGGAUUGAAUGGCCUUCAGCGGAGGUCUGUGACUAGCAACACAGACAUGAUUAAUGCAAGGAGCAGGUAUGGAAGAAACAGCUUUGACAGAGGACACGUGUCAGAUUACAUCGUUGACCCUCGUCAGAAACCCCCUUCAUAUCAGGACGCUGGCCGAACUGAGAGCAUUCCGAAGCAAGUUUUGCUAAGGGCAGCUUUUGUUGUUUAUAUUUUCGCUCUACAUAUCUUGGUUUUCAUCAAAAUUUCAUUUUGAAAAGUGAUGUACUGCCAAAUGCAUAAAGCAUGCUCAUAACAAAACAGAAGGCUUUGUCAUGAAUUGGUUGUUUACGAACUUGUAAUCUAUAGUACAUAAAUUUAAAAACUUUACACAUUAAGUGAUUAGAACUUCUAACAAAUUUGUUUGAGCUAUAAAAAAAAUCACUUGUGAGUUGUGAUAGCAUAGCA